GCGCUGUAGGCCACUGUGACGUGGAUAUAGUUCUCUUCGCAGAACACGGAAGUAAAGGUCGCAUUAUGACGUCACUGCUCCCGUUAAGUUUGCAACCAGGCUCUUUUUUUCCCUGUAUGAUCCACAUGCGAUGGUAUGAAAAGUAUGAAAGUCGUACAACGCUAACUGUACAUGCAGGACUGAAAUACUCUAGAAUGUAAUGCCACUGUAUAGGCCCUGUAAUUUUUUACGAAAGGGGAUGUAUGCCCGAUCAGUCGGUAGUGUCGAAGCCUGGAGAGACCCCCGCAACUUUUCCUGAUGUGUGGCAGAGGGUAGACAUUUUUUGUUUUGUUUACAUUAGCUACCUAGCUUCAUACUAUACAGUACUACUGAAACCUGUAUGUAGAUUUUACAGGACAGUUCUCAAGACGACCAUGGCUAACCGACUGUCAGACCUUUUCUCGAACAGCCGUCUCGUCAUUGGAUUAUUGGCCAAUUUGCUGUCAUCGAUAUGCAUCGUUUUCAUCAACAAAUGGAUCUAUGUUCACUAUGGCUUUCCAAACAUGACUCUAACUCUGAUUCAUUUCGUUGUCACAUGGCUUGGACUAUGGGUAUGCCAGAAGAUGGACAUAUUUGCGCCAAAGAGUCUCCAACCCACCAAAAUUAUCUGGCUCGCUCUAAGCUUCUGUGGCUUCGUGGCUUUCACCAAUCUGUCUUUACAAAACAACACCAUCGGUACCUACCAGCUGGCCAAAGCGAUGACAACUCCUGUGAUCAUUGUCAUACAGACAAUGUACUACAAGAAGACAUUCUCCACCAAGAUCAAGUUGACUUUGGUGCCCAUAACGUUAGGUGUGAUCCUCAACUCCUACUAUGAUGUGAGAUUCAACCUCCUGGGGAUGGUCUUUGCCACACUAGGAGUGUUCGUCACCUCCCUCUAUCAGGUGUGGGUAGGUGUGAAACAGCAUGAGCUCCAGGUUAACUCCAUGCAGCUACUCUACUACCAGGCCCCCAUGUCCUCUGCCUUCCUCCUCUCUCUCGUGCCCUUCUUCGAACCUCUCUCUGGGGAGGGGGGCAUCUUCGGACCCUGGUCCUUCCCAGCACUGGCCAUGGUGAUGCUAUCUGGCCUCAUAGCCUUCCUAGUCAACCUGUCAAUCUACUGGAUCAUAGGGAACACCUCUGCUGUCACCUACAACAUGUUUGGCCACUUCAAGUUCUGCAUCACCCUGUUGGGGGGCUAUGUUCUCUUCCAGGACCCCCUAUCUCUAAACCAGGGCCUGGGCAUCCUCUGUACCCUCACUGGCAUUCUCUCCUACACCCACUUCAAGCUGGCAGAGCAGGAGGAGGGCAAAAGCAAGCUGGUCCAGAGGCCAUGAUAGGCCCACCGGAGUGCCAAUCCAUAGAGGCUGCUACUCUCAUUGGUUGCUUGACAACUCACUGGUUCCCUAGGACUGUUUGAGGGAAGGGCCAUGUUGGAAUCAUAGAACUAGAGGUUGGAAUCAUAGAACUAGAGGUUGGAAUCAUAGAACUAGAGGUUGGAAUCAUAGAACUAGAGGUUGGAAUCAUAGAACUAGAAUUCUAUAGUUGGAAUGUGAUUGUUGAGUGAAAGGGGAACUGGCCAAACAGUGAGAUAAAGGGAGAUAGUUCUGGCAGGGAACACUAAUGAUGACGAUGAUAAUACACUGUUAAAGAAGUGGAAUGUAUAUUGUAUUGGAAGAUGUGGGAGCUCAGCAAGCCUAGUAUUAACAUAGUUUUUGCAUUACACAAGAUGCUGUCUUAUAUUCCAGUAUUUUUGCCGGUACGAUUAAAGAGAGGACAACUUGCUCUUAACAAUGUCCAAAUGCUGAAGAUACUUUUGCAUUAUUGAAUGAUUCUUAUUUUUUUUCAUACUGUGAUCUUCAAUAAAUUGUAUUUUAUUGAU